GAAAAUGGACAUCGAUUCUCAAGAAUCUGAACCCCAACAUGCCAUCAAAAUCUGGGAAGUUAACAGAGAUCGACUCAACUCGAUGCAACACAAACUUUCCGAUACACCGAAACUCCUGAGUGUCGCCGCCGGCAAACCCACCUGCUCCAUCUUCAAAGUCCCUCAAACCCUAAUUGACGUCAACGGCAAGUCAUACCGACCUCACAUCAUCUCCAUCGGACCCUUCCACCAUGGCCAACCCCACCUCCAGAUGAUCCAAGAACACAAAUGGCGGUUCCUCCACCAUUUACUGAACCGAACUCAACCCAAAGGGUUGACCCUCGCAGACUACUUGAAAGCCGUCCAACCACUCGAGGUUAAAGCUCGAGAAUGUUACUCCAGGACCAUCGACUACAGCACCGAUGAGUUCAUCGAGAUGUUGGUGCUCGAUGGUUGCUUCAUCAUCGAACUUUUUAGAAGGAUUGCAGGGUUGGUUAAGUGUGAUGAUCAUGAUCCUCUUAUAACGAUGUCGUGGAUCUUCUCUUUUUUCUUACGAGAUCUCAUCAGGCUCGAGAAUCAAAUCCCAUUUUUCGUUCUUGAAUGUUUGUUCGAUUUGACGAAGAUGUCAGAUGAAGAAUCGAGUCAAACCCUAGCUACCUUAGCUUUAGGGUUUUUCAAUUAUGCACUACAAAGACCUGAAAACAUUCUUGAAAAGUAUGCGAAUAUCAAAGCUAAGCAUUUGCUCGAUCUUCUCCGGUCGACUGUUCUUCCGCCGGAGGUCGAAUCAUCGGAGAAACCCGAUAACCACCCACCAGCGCAUAUAAUCCAUAGUAUCUCGAAGCUUCGUCGUGCGGGAAUCAAGUUAAAGCCGUGCGAAGCCGAGAGUUUCCUAAUCGUUAACUUCAAGCACGGCGUAAUCCACAUGCCGCCGAUAUCGAUCGAUGAUUUCAUGAGCGCGUUUUUGUUAAACUCCAUAGCGUUUGAACAAUGUCAUAGCGCAUGUUCCAAACACUUCACGACUUACGUUACGUUACUCGAUUGUUUGAUAAAUACGUCUAGAGACGUCGGGUUGUUAUGCGAUUGGAACAUCAUCGAGAAUUAUUUUGGUACGGAUGCCGAAGUUGCGGCGUUUAUUAACAACAUGGGGAAGGAUAUUUCUUUCGAUAUCGAUUCGUGUUACUUGGCUCGGUUAUUCGACGACGUGAACCGUCAUUACCGGAGCGGGUGGCACGUUCAAUGGGCUAGUUUUAGGUAUACUUAUUUUGAUACGCCAUGGUCGUUUAUAUCCGCGAUGGCAGCUCUUAUUCUUCUGAUCCUAACCGUGGCACAAACACUUUACACGGUCCUCGGCUACGUCCGGCCUCGAUGAUCGACUUGAUUAUUAUCGUGACUUUAAAAAUCAGAAUUCAAAAUGUUGCGUAUAGUUACAGAAAUAUAAUUCCUAAACUUGUGUAUUUAUUUUGAAUGCAAAUUGCAUGAAAAAGUAACAUAUUUUAACUUAAUUCCUAU